GAAUUAUGAUAGGUACCCAUCCCUGUAGACAAAAUCAAAUAUCUACCUUAUCGACAGUAAAUAAAUUACUAACAAUAGUAGGUUUGAGAAUGGCCACUAGAGCUCGUCUUCUUUUCUAAUUGCGUUUCUUUUCUUUUCACGCCGUGUAAGAAGUCGAAAUGGCUGAACAGACAGGCAAAUCAAAAACAAAGCCAGCAAAGCCGGCAGCGGAAUCAGUUCCGCUAAAGAGAAGGCCUUUCAAAAGGCACGGCCGGUUAUAUGCAAAGGCUAUUUUCACUGGUUACAAAAGAGGCUUGAGAAAUCAACAUGAAAGUACGGCCCUUUUAAAAGUUGAAGGAGCACGAUCAAUAAAUGAUUCCGAUUUUUAUAUUGGAAAACGAUGCGUGUAUGUUUAUAAGGCGAAAAAUAAGACCCCAGUUCCCGGCAAUAAGACGAAAAAAACAAAAGUUCGUGCUAUCUGGGGUAAAGUUACACGUCCUCAUGGUAACAGUGGAUCAGUUCGAGCAAAAUUCAAGAGAAAUUUGCCUGCUAAAGCGAUGGGACAUCGCAUAAGAAUUAUGCUGUUCCCAAGCAAAGUAUAGAGUUUGUUAAUGUAUAAAAAAAAUAAUAAAAAAAAAUAACCUUUUGGUACAAAAACAAA